UGCAACGUUUCAACAGACAACAAUAACUUUGCUUAAGCAAACAGACUCCGCCUAGCAGCAACCAUCCUCUUCCCCACCAUUUUCAAUCCAUAUAAUGCCCCGAACCAAAGGAGAGGAAACCCAAUGUGAACCGAAGAAAGAAGAAGAAAAUGAAUCUCCAGUUCAUGAAUCCUGAUGUGUUUCAGCCGGAACGGGGAUCUGAAGGAAGCAUCCAUCUCACCUUCUUCAAGUGCCUCACAUGGCAGGUGGAACAAACGCUCAAUCCUUCCUCCUGCCUUUACCAUUACUUCUGUGACAGCAAGUACCCCGGCAAUUACCCGGUCUACGUCGAUAUCCUCGUCUUCCUGCUCGCAACAGCUUCCUUCCUGGUGACCCUAAUCGUCAUGACGAUGGAGGUGCUGUCAGGAAGCAACAGCAACGAGGUAUGUCGAUCCAGAAGAUACUUGCUGCCGUCUGGUCCAAUCCUCCUUCCCGCCAUCCUCCUGACGCUCGGCAAAGGCUACAGAAUCCAUACAAUACUCCCCGUUUCGAGCAUUGGCCCCGCGAUCCUCCUCCUGCUCCAGGUUUCCUCCCUCACAUUCGACACCGGAAUCGACAGGGAUGCAAGAUACGCCUUCUUUGAAGCGUCCACGGUGUCUGGAAUUCUGCACGCCAGUCUGUACUUGGAUUCCGUCAUCAUGCCUUACUAUACUGGGUUUGAUGCCCUGGUGGGCUCCGAGUUCUCCGGUGGGUGUCCCUCCUGCAUUUGUCGAGAGGAACCUCUGGUCGUCGGGGGAAGGCUUGUCAGCUACAGGGGUUGGUCGCCGACGACAUUCCUCGUUGCUGGAGCUCUGUGUUGCAGGAUCGUAUGCAGGGUGAAUGCCAUGAGUGGCAAGAGCAAGACCAUGGCGGUGAAGUCUUGGCUGGAAUGGUUGAGUUGGGUUAUGAUAAUGAGGGAUUGUGUUGUGCUAGCGGUUAACAGUCCACCUGCUGCUGCAAGUUCGAUUUCACCGGCUGUGGGAAUCGGAGGUGUAGUUCUGUUGGUAUGUCUUCAUGUGGUGAAGAAGACUGCUGCGCUAAUUAGGACGGGGGAUCAUUUCAUUCAUACAACCACAAUUUCUUUGACUUCUGUGUAACGCCACAGACAUAUAGAUCUGCAACUUUUUUUUGAAGUUGUUUCUUCCUCCCAACGUAGACAGCGAAAUGUAUAGAGUUGUUUCUGUGUUUCUCCAUUGUACAACUUAAACGACGUCAUUCGCUAAUCUUAGAUUCUAAUUUUUAUUUUUUUAUAUUUAAUAUUUUGGAAUUUCUAAUACUCUGGAGCAAGGUUGUGGAACCGCUCGUUGAUCUCUUUUGAUUUUGACCUGGCGAGAAAAAACGAGUCAUAGACAC